AUGGAUCCCCUUUGGACACCCCUCUGGCCCGGAGUUGGCUCUCUCUGUCUCCUGCUCGCUGGAGCCACCUGGGCCCCCCUAUCCCAUUUCUCAGACUCCAAGUUUGAGCAUAAAGUGGCCCUGCUGGGGGCCCGCGGGGCCGAAGAGCUGCUGUGCUUCACAGAAAGGUUGGAGGAUUUGGUGUGUUUCUGGGAGGAAGCGGCAAGUGUCGGGGUGGGUCCAGACAACUACAGUUUCGCCUACCAACUUGAGGGUGAGCCAUGGAAGGUGUGCCGUCUGCGCCAGGCGCUCACGGUCAGCGGCGCGAUGCGCUUCUGGUGCUCGCUACCGACUGCCGACACUUCGAGCUUCGUGCCCCUAGAGCUGCGGGUCACCGCAGCCUCCUCAGACACUCUGCGCUACCACCGCAUCAUCCAAGUCAACGAAGUGGUGUUCCUGGACCCUCCAGCAGGUCUGCGGGCGCAGCAGGCGGAGGAGGGCGGCCACGUGGUGCUACGCUGGCUUCCCCCACCGGGGGCGCCCAUGACAAGCCACAUCCGCUACGAGGUAGACGUCUCGGCUGGCAGCGGCCCGGGGGGCGCUCAGAGGGUGGAGAUACUGCAAGGCCGCACGGAGUGCAUGCUGAGCAACCUGCGAGGUCAGACUCGUUACAGCUUUGCUGUACGCGCCCGGAUGGCAGAGCCGAGCUUUGGCGGCUUCUGGAGCGCCUGGUCGGAGUCCGUCUCGCUGCGAACGGCUAGCGACCUGGAUCCCCUCAUCCUGACGCUCUCCCUCAUCCUGGUCCUCAUCCUGCUGCUGCUGGCCAUGCUAGCCUUGCUCUCCCACCGCCGGGCUCUGAAGCAGAAAAUCUGGCCAGGUAUCCCAAGCCCUGAGAGCGAGUUUGAAGGCCUCUUCACUACUCACAAGGGUAACUUCCAGCUUUGGCUAUACCAGAAUGACGACUGCCUAUGGUGGAGCCCCUGUACCCCAUUGGUGGAGGAUCCGCCCGCCCCCCUGGAAGUCCUCUCGGAACGCUGCUGGGGGGUAACACAGGCAGUGGAACCAGGUGCAGAAGAUGAGGGGCCCCUUCUGGAACCAGUGGGCAGUGAGCAGGCCCGGGCCACAUACCUGGUACUGGAUAAGUGGUUACGGCCCCAGAGCCUGCCCAGUGAAGACCUCUCAGGGCCUGGUGGCAGUGUGGACACAGCAGCCAUGGACGAGGGUUCAGAAGUUUCCUCCUGCUCAUCUGCCUCCAUCCUAAAUGCUAGGCCAGAGGGGGCCUCAGCGGCUAGCUUUGAGUACACCAUCCUGGAUCCCAGCUCCCAGGUCUUACACCCACGGGCUGUACCCCUUAGAUUGCCUCCCACCCCACCCCACCUUAAGUACCUCUACCUUGUGGUGUCUGACUCAGGCAUCUCAACUGACUACAGCUCUGGAGGCUCCCAGGGAACCCCAGGGGGUUCAUCCAAUGGCCCCUACUCUAACCCUUAUGAGAACAGCCUUGUCCCAGCCCCUGACCCUCCACCCCCCAGCUAUGUGGCCUGCUCCUAG